UUUUGUGGCGCUUAACUUACAUUUAAGAGGUCUUAUUUGAGAUAUGCUGUUCCUAAGAGAUUAAUCUUCCACUCGAGGGCUAUUUCAGCGCAGCCAUAACAAAGUUCAACAAAAUGUCCAGACGCAGCGGUCGCAUCACUUUGCAAGCCAGAGAUUCAAACCGGCCUGAGCCGACCGUCAGACCCCCGCUGAAGAAGAGAAAGUCUGAGCCUUCAAAGAAAAAAGUUCAGCCUGCAGCCAAAAAACAAAGCUAUGAAAUACAGAAGUGUUGGUCGGAGGAUGGAGCCAGUCCAUGCGUCCUCAUCGAAACCCCUCACAAAGAGCUGGAGCCGUCAGAUACGUCCUGCUUCAAGCAGUACACGUUCAAGAACCUCUUCAUCAAAUCCUCCCCCAUCCCUCGACUCAGCUGGGCCAGCUCAGACGACGUUUGGAUCAAAAUGAUCAACAAGGAGCUGAAGUACGUCCACGAUAAAAGCUACCUGCAGAAACAUCCCAAACUUCAGCCCAAGAUGAGAGCCAUUCUGCUUGACUGGCUGCUGGAGGUCAGUGAGGUGUACGGUCUCCACCGGCAGACGGCCUACCUUGCUCAGGAUUACUUCGACCGCUACAUGCUGACUCAGGAGGAUGUCAGCAAAGAACACCUGCAGCUCAUUGGCAUCACAGCGCUGUUUAUUGCCUCAAAGAUGGAGGAAAUCUAUCCUCCUAAAAUCGUGGAGUUUGCCUACGUCACAGAUGGAGCGUGUGAUAUGUGGGACAUCCAGCAGACAGAGCUUCACCUACUAAAGGCGUUGGACUGGAAUCUGUGUCCGGAGACACCCAUCUCCUGGCUGAAGCUGUACGCUCAGGUCGAAGCUCAGAAGGAGGGGGAGAACUUUCUAGAGCCACAGUUCUCUCAGAAAACGUACAUCCAGAUCACACGGCUGUUGGACCUGUGUAUGAUGGACAUCGGCUCCUUGGACUGGGACUACAGCAUUCUGGCUGCCGCUGCUUUCUGCCACUUUUCUUCGUUUGAAAUCGUUCAUAAAGUCUCUGGUCUACCCUGGGACAGUGUUUAUCCCUGUGUUGCGUGGAUGUGUCCCUUCAUGGAUGUUCUCCAAUCUGAAGCAACGCCUCAACUGAAAAACUUCCCCAAAGUCAGACCUGAUGACAGACACAACAUUCAGACACACGUGGCCUAUCUUGACCUGCUGAGGAAAGCUCAGGAGCGUCAGGUCGACCUCCCAUCUGGUCAUCUGUCCCCCAUCGCUGUGGGAUCACAGCUGACUCCGCCCAGGAGCACAGAGAAACCAGCCAAUCACUGAGCAGGGCCCAAACAACGCUACCUCUCAUCCUCAGAAGUGACCGCUGACCCCUCGGACCACAGCAGCUCCUCGCCGCAGCUCCUCUCAGAGGAGGAGACAGGGAAACUUCAUGUAGCAGAUGUAUGUUAACACUAAUCAGGACUCUGCUUCCUGUUGGGUUUUGUUGAGCUGAUUUUAGUCAAAUGCAGACAUGGAGAUUGUUGGCAGAUUUUUGCAGGGAAACAGGUUUUCUUUAACACAGUAAAACUAGUAUGAAUAUUUGGGCAAACUCUGAGACCUGUGCAUGCAGCAGUCCACUGAUGUGAGGCGUGGCAGCUGCCAGGGAAGCAGGUCGCUUGCUGCUCUUAUUUUGAAAAAUGGUUAAGAGGAAGCAGAGGAUUUUGAACCCUUGUGGUAUUAUCUGGGAGUUCUACUGGUGCUUUUCUUUAAAUCUGAGGCUUGAACGCUCUCAGAUGGUGCUUCAGUCAGAUUCUCAGGAACAGAAUGAGGAAAAUCUCAUUUUCUACGUCUGAUAUUUCAUUCCACUGUGAGCCGUGGAAAUGUGUUCUGUGUAGGUGUGAUCCUCUAAAUUCCCACUGAAUUGUGUGUAAACUUUUAGAUUUACACUCUAAAUCACAGCGGAUUAAAUGAUGUGAUUGUCUAAUGAGCCUUAGGAACAAUCAAACUUUGAUUUGCUGGAAACGUCCUGAAACCCAGAGGUGUGAACACACCUCUCUUGUGUAAUGGCUCAAUAAUUCCCUAUUUGAUUUUUGUUAAAGUUGCAACCUGGUUGCACGUUCUUGUUACAUUCCUGGAAGACUUGACCUUUGAUAGGACGAACCGCCUACAAUGUGCAAAGUUUAGCUUUUCAUUGUCUCUGCUUUGUAUUUAUUGAUUAGCCUUUAGUGUGUAAAAUAAACCUUCUGUUCAUAUGUUUAAAAAAAUCUGAUUUUCAGUGAUACAUGAGCUCUGUGUCAUCACUGCCAAAGGCGAAAGCUAUUUAUGAUUUUUGCUGCCAGUUCUUCAUGAAAUGUACACUAGCCUGUCCUAUCUUAGUGCCUUUAAGAAAAAAGUUGAACUACGCGAGGUUUUUUAUUUGAACUCCAGCGAGUGGAACGGCCGCUGAGAGACUAACAAACCUGUGACUGUAAACGUGAGACUCCUCAGCUGACCGGAGGAUCUGCAGUGAACAACCAUGUAAACUGUAUGUAGAUGUUAAAGAAUGUAUGUUUUUGUACAUAGAACAACAAAAAUUUGUA